UGUUCACGAGGAGGGGCGUUCAGGGCUCUCACUGACAGACUGCGGCUGCACGGCUGGCACUGGCAGGGCGUGGGUUGGGGGGCGGGAGGGGUUGUCACUUCGAUGGAUCCAUCCGACCAACUGCUAAAAUAGCACCCCGAACAUCGGCGAUCCAGCCAAUAAUUUUAUUUUUUUUUUUGCGACUGUUUUCACCGUCGCACACUCGGACGCACCAUCGCCGCUCCAAACAUGCGUAAACUAGGCGCUUUUUAGUUUUUUCCACCUGUGCUCUGCGUGGAUUUAGUUAGCUUCACUAAUGUGAUUUUUAAGAUGGCAGGAUGCUUAUCUGAGCCGCUUUGUCAGCCGAGCACCUUCCACGAGGCGUUUAAAGUGGAGCUACAGGUGAAGAGACCACUGAUGCCGCUACACCUGAGUCCAGAACAGGUGGCUGUGGAGAUGCUGUGUCUCUGUGGGCAGCUGGACCUUCUCAUCAGGGCACAGAUGCAGGAGUUCCAGGAACAAUUAAGACAAGGCUGCAGCCCAGAGGAGUCAGACACCUUCCAGGCUCAAGGAGCGGAAAUUCUCGACCAGAUGCUGCAGUGCCUUGAACAUCUACCAAAGCCUAUGCCACAACUGGAGGACUACCUGGAUAUGGUGGGUUUGUCUGAAAUGUUUCCACGUGUGGAGGUUUUCCUCAUCCAAGGCUGUCCGGUGGACAUGCUGGAGAGGCCACCAAUGGAUGACUAUUUCUCCCACAUUGCCAAACUGAAUCAGCUGCUUGUGCUGAGUCAGCAGCUCGAGGAGGACAUCAGGCACCUGGGAAGUCACAAAUACAUCGCCCACCAGCUCUCCGUUAUAUAUCAAGUAGUCAGCUCUUUCCAAAGCGUUGACAUCUUCUCUGAGACAAAGAAAGACAUUGAAGCCAACUUCAAGCAGAUGAAAGAGUCUCUGGUGGUGGAGGAAGGCUCCAGGCACGAACCUCAGCUGGCUGCUCAUUAUAUCCACUGGAUAUUAGAUAUUACUCACAAACUGACGUCAGUAGUGCUCUCACUGCCGGACGAGCUCACUGAUGACCUUGACCAGGCCAUGACCUUCAUGUCCCAGUUUGUGUCUUGAUGUUGUGUGACCACCACCCCCAGUGGGCUACAUUCUUAGUUAAACAAAACAGAGACUCAAACGGUGCUAUGCCAUUAGACUCAACAGUAGGAUUGUAAAAUCCAUUUAAAUAUCCUACAUGUACAUUUUUGCAAUGGUUUGUCUGAAUCUUGCACCAAUUGUAACACCUGUUAUGAAUGCGUUUUGUACCUGUAACAAUAAAUUUAAAAGCAAUUGGCGGUUU